AUGGUUCACGGAGGGCGAACAGGGGUCGUGACAGAGAUGAACCAGCUAUCAGUGAUAAAGAAACUCAAAUAUCACCUAAGAUGCAAAAUGGUGGGAGUGACUCACAUUUGUUUUCCUGGCGACUUACUUAUGUUUUGCAUGACAGACAUAAAUUCAGUGACUAAAUUACAGAAAACCUUUCAAAGCUUUUCUGCUGCAUCUGGCCUUCAGGCAAAUGCAAACAGAAGCUCAAUAUACAUUACUAGAGUUCCUCAGGACAUUAACGACUCAUUGAAAGGACUAACAGGGUAUAUAGAGGGAUCAAUACAUUUCCAGUACUUAAGAGUUCCCUUGUCUGCCAAGAAAUUGAACAUUCAACAAUGUCUACCAUUGGUGGAAAAGAUCACUGAAAGAGUUAGUUGUUGGCCAGCAAAGAUGCUAUCAUAUUCAGGGGGAGUACAACUCAUAAAGUCUGUGAUCUUUGGUAUGCAAACUUAUUGGGCUCAAAUCUUCAUACUGCCCAAGAAAAUUAUGAAAUUGAUUGAGACUAUCUGUAGAACAUUCUUAUGGACUGGUACAAGUGCUACAUCUAGGAAAGCACUGAGAGCUUGGGAUAAGGUAUGCCAACUAAAAGCUUCUAAGGGUUUAAACACUAUCAACAUGGGAUUAUGGAACAAAACAACAAUCUUGAAGCAACUAUGGGCAUUGACAAAGAAAAAAGAUACAAUAUGGAUCAAAUGGGCUCACUGCUACUACAUAAAGCAAAGAGAUAUUGUCACUACGGAUACACCUAAGACAACUCCUUGGGUGGUCCGGAAGAUUAUAGAUGCAAAACAAGGGUUGAUGCAAAUGAACACAAUGCAAACCAGCCUUAGUGCAAAGCUAACAUUUAUGGAGAUCCAGGGCAGACUUCAAAUACAAAAAGCAUAA